UUGUCAGUGGGCAGCUAUGCACUGACAAGAGCCUUGUUUGUUCUUGUGUCUCAACACAAUCUGAAAACUUACAAUGAUUGAGCAACUCAUUGCUGCAAUUUGCACUCUUUAUGGCGUUGGUUAUUCAGGAUAUUACCUGAGUAAUCUGGGGUGUCACCUGAGACGUGUAUUCAGAGAUGCUGCUCGUGAGAGCACAGAACCAACAGCAGACUCUCCUCUGGUUCCCACUGCUCCUGGAGCAGAGGCCAAAGAUGAGGCCAAAGACGACCACAAGCCUCCAGCUGUGCUCACAGCACAGCCUGAAUAUUCCGAGCUGGCCCUUCUGGAGAGAGAGAAUGAGCAGAUUGCUUUAUCAGAUGUGGCAUGCCAGACUCAGGGAGUGCUGUUCCCAGCCCGAGAGCAGGAAGAGCAGCUCAGGCAGCGAGCAGAGGAGCAGCAGGAGGAUGGCCAGAACAUCAAGGCAGAGCCACAAGCAGAGCUGCCCAAAGCUCAGAUUGCCAUCAUGACAGUGAAGAGGAGGAACAAGGAAGACAUGAGAAUAAUUCAAUAUCACCGGAGUCUCCAUCGACAGAGGGGUGAUCAAGAAAACCAGGUGAAGAACUUUAAGGAGAAGCUGCAGGCAGAGCUGCAGGAAGCUGAGGCUCGGCUCAAGGCAAAGGAGAAGAGGCUGGAGGAAGAAAUGAAAAUCGUCAAAGAGAAAAUUCAUCAUCUCCUUAGGAAGCAAGAGGCUCUAGAAAAUCGAGUGAAAGUGUUGACAUCUCACCUGCCAGCCUGCAAAGACUUCCAGGAAAUGACCAGAAACAAAGAGACCCGUGGUCGGUGUGAGGCAGGGGAGCUGUCCCAGUCGGAUAUGCUGCAGGUUUGGAACAUCCUGAAGAUGCUGCAGGAAAAGAGAACUCAGUGGGAAGAGGCAGAACACUUGAACAAGGAGCUGCAGUGAUUAUUGUGUGCUGCCUUUGCCUUGAGAAUA